GAGCAGAGCUACGAAGCCAGGGAACCCAAGUUUAUCCCUAUUCCAUGCAUAUGGAUAUAAAGCAGGAAAAUUCAUCAUUAGUCUUGGAUGGUGAGGAGACCCAAGCAAGUACCAGCCACAAUCAGGCAUCUGAGGCCAUGGAUCUCAGCAGUGAGGAUUCUCAAGAUGGAAUCAGCUACUUGGAAGAAUCCACUUCUGGCAUCUGCAAGCCAAGAGCAGAGCUACUCAUCCAGGGAACCCCAAUUUAUCCCUGUUCUGUGCAUCUGGUGGAUAUAAAGCAGAAAAAUUCAUCGUUUGUUUUGGACGAUGAAGAGACUGAAGCAAGCACCAUCCACAAUGACGCAUCUGAGGUCAUAGAUCUCAGCAGUGAGGAUUCUGAUGAUGGAAACAACCACUCAGAAGAAUCCACCUCUGGCAUCUGCAAGCCAAGAGCAGAGCUACUCAUCCAGGGAACCCCAAUUUAUCCCUGUUCUGUGCAGCUGGUGGAUAUAAUGCAAGAAAAUCAUUUGUCAGAGACAAAUUCAUCAUUUGUCUCAGACAGUGAACUGAGCGAAGAAGCAAGUACCAGCUAUAAUGAGGGAUCUGAGGUCAUAGAUUUCAGCGGUGAGGAUACUGACGAUGGAAUCAGCUGCUCAGAAGAAUCCACCUCUGGCAUCUGCAAGCCAAGUCCGAGAAAUCCCAGACAACACAAUGUGGACUUUAGCAGUCCUGAGCUUCCGGUGACCUGUGGUACUGCUAAGGGGACUCUGUAUAAGAAGAAAUUUGAGCAAGGCACCGGUGAAAAGAGUAUUCUGAGUGAGACUGGAGAAUGGCUCACUCUCAGAGAGUUUGAAAUCAAAGGAAGGCGUGGAAAUUCCAAGAAAUGGAAGCAAAGCAUCCGUAGCUAUGGAAGGACCCUGAAAGAACUGAUAGAGGAUGGAUAUCUACCAUGCCUCCCAAGGAAAAGAAGAAAGAAGGAAAACCCAAAGUCUGAGGAGCAGUGCAGUCAGGAUCUGUCUCAGAACUGGAAGUUCAACAAUCUUGGAGUCACAGUAGGAAGCCAAUUUGAGACGACUUUUGAAAGAACUUUAUCAAUCAACAACACAGGGGAACAACCUCAAUCUCGUAGCAACCACAUUGUUUUGUUAACAUAGUCCUUUCUAUUCUCUCCACUACUCAUCCCUCCAGCAGUCAACAGCACAAUGCUCAGAGACCCCACUGUCCACUCAGCCCUUCUACGUAAACACCCUGCCACGCUUGUUUUUGACUUUCUAUAUUGUCCUUUCUACUCAACUAGACUCCUAAUUAAAACUUAACACUUGCAGUUUACAUCACAGUAGUGAACUGUCAGGUGCUGAGGGAGCCCACGGAGAACAUGACUUGGUAGGCAGGAUUGUACCCUCCCCCAUUUAAAAGCCAAGUAUGUUUGUCUCCAAAUGUCCUCCAAGACAUCUUUUUUAAGAAUACCCUGGCCCCUCUAACCCAGUGGCUGGACAGAGAAACCAGUAAAACAGGCCAAGAGUGGAGACACUGGCCUUGGGAACAGCUAGAAGGUGAACCAUUUCUAACAGAUAUCACUCCUGUUUACCCUGACUGCUCAGCUUCCACAGUUUCUGCUGGCUGCUGUGAGCAUCCAAUUUGAUGAUGUUAUCUCUCUCUUGCUGUUUAUUCUUGAACCUGGAAGCCUCACCAAAGACUAAAUCUGCUCUGCCCUGGAUUUCCGAGAGCUCUGGCACCCCUCUCCCUCCGCCUCUCCAAGACUUCCCCACUCAAUGCCCCCUGAAUAUUUCAAGCACACAAUUAACAAUGUUUUGUUUUUUAUAUUUACUCUUUUACUUUGGCUUGUUACAUACUUAAUAAACACACUCAUUCAAAACUGAAA